AUGAACUUUAUUUUUAGCGGCCUGUGGUGCGUUUUGUCCACCCUUUCGCUUCUGGUAGGCCUCAUCAGCGUGAUUACGUAUAUUUUGGUCAUUGCCGCGCAGCAGCUGGCGAUGCGCUUCCCGCAGGACCUAAAGAAAAAGUAUGGCGCAGAAUGGGCCGUUGUGACGGGUGCGAGCAGCGGCAUAGGGAAGGCUAUCACAGAAAUGCUUGCGCAGCAGCAAAUUAACGUUGUGCUCGUCGCACUGGAGGAGCCACUGCUUCACAAUACCUUUGCUGAGCUUCAACAAAAAUACCCGAAGUGUAGCUUUCGCAAGGUGGGUGUGGAUUUGGGAGUGGAGGGAAUGUCUUACAUGUCGCCCAUCAUUGAGGCGACGAGGGACAUCGAAGUUGGCCUCCUUUUCAACAACGCCGGGUACAUCCACACUGGGCUGUUUACGGACACAGGGAUUGAGAAGUUGCGUGCAAAUCUUGAAUGCAACGCCAUCUGCUCAAUUGCCAUCACCCAUCACUUUCUACGCAAAAUGAUGGAACGACGGCGUCGGGGCCUUGUGACAUUCACUUCUUCUUCUGCGGGCUACUUCCCUGGCCCAACAGCGACAAUGUACAGCCCUUCAAAGGCGUUCUUAACAAACUUUGCCACAACACUUGCGGCGGAAGUGCGUCAUGCGGGCAUCCAUGUGGUUGUCAUUCACCCCUCGCCCGUGAAGACAAACUUUUACAAAAACCAUGGACCAACGCUGAACUCCCUCAAGGCCGCACAGAAAAUGUCAAUAUCGCCAACGCAUAUUGCUGAGGAAAUAUUUGCAUCCGCGGGACGGCUGACAGUUUGGGAUCAAGGCCUGACAACUGCAGCUUUUCGUGUGGCUAACAAGAUCUUUGAUUUUCAAUUCUUGACAGAGCUUGUCGUGCGCUUCGCCAACUUGAAUGACGACCACAGAAGGCUGGUAAGCGCCUCAAAGAUACACGGCAACAAGGAGGCCUGA